AUGUCUGAAGUCACUAUACAACUCCCUGGGACUAUAUUUUGGUCAAAGCCAUUUGACUUUGAGAAUGGAGAUGCUGUCAGCGUUACCCGCACCGAAAAGUACACAUGGAGCAGAGAGAUGACCAAAGUUCACUUUCGGGAGGAAGCCAACCAAGCUGUGGAGACGGCGAAGUCGCAAUCGACGUUCGGGGGCGAAGCAGGCGGCAGUUGGGAUAUUUUCAGUGCAAAGCGUCUCAAGGAUGAGACCAGGGAGGUAGUUAAAGAGAGUGGGAUCGAGAAAACCGUCUACACCGUUGGGCCAAAGGGCCGAAUUAUAGCUUACCAGAUGCACUUUGUCGGUCCGGGUAUUUCAGUAGCAUCGAAGCAAGUCAUAACUCGCCCUGAACCAGAUCCAGAGUUUGAAGAGAAAUUGGCAGUGCAGAUUGACUGUGAAUUGAGGGCACACAAAUUCCUUCAAGGUAUCAAGAUUGUUUAUGGUCGAUUGGAGCAGAAUCAACCCGAUGAUAUCAUUCCUGUGAUCAACAACGAUAGCCCGAAUAUCAAUUAUGGCUUUGAAGAUGCGGAUUUUGUGUGGCUUGUUCCUGAGUGGGGAAAAAAGGCGUCCGAUUCAGAGACCUGUACUGAUCUUCGCUGCCGUCAAAGUGAGGAGAGUACACCGAAUGGUCUGGACCUCGCCUCUGGUGCAGGUGGGACAUACCGGUAUCUGCAGAUCGGAAGAAAUCCCAAUGUCAGGGAUAAGAUUGUUGAUAUCCGGAUGAUUCGUUCGAAAAUUGAAAUCACAGGAAAGAGUCUAACGGACCUGGGUUAUGAUGGAAUCAGUAAUGAUUUCAAUGCCGACCGCGGUCAUGACUAUCUCUACCUUAUCUGGAAGACUAUCACGCUCGAUAACACUGUGUUGAGUUGA